AUGGAGAAACACAGGAAAUACAGGAAACACGGGGAAACAUGGGGGAAACACGGGGAAACACAGGGAAACACAGGGGAAACACGGGGAACACGGAGAACCACGGGGAAACACGGGGAACAGAGGGAAACACGGGGGAACAGGGGGAACACGGGGAACAGGGGGGAACAGUGGGAACACAAGGAACACGGGGAACAGGGGGAACAGGGGGAACAGGGGGAACAGGGGGAACAGGGGGAACACAAGGAACACGGGGAACAGGGGGAACACAAGGAACACGGGGAACAGGGGGAACAGGGGGAACACAAGGAACACGGAACAGGGGGAACACGGGGAAACACAGGGAAACACAGGGAAACACAGGGAACACGGGGAAACACAGGGAAACACAGGGAACAUGCCUACUUCCCACAGUACUUCCCACAGUACUACUUCCCCCUGUACCCACAGGCCAACUUCCCCCAGUCCUACUUCCCCCUGUACCCCAGUCCUACUUCCCCCUGCACCCACAGUCCAACUUCCCCCAGUCCUACUUCCCCCUGUACCCACAGGCCAACUUCCCCCAGUCCUACUUCCCCCUGCACCCACAGUCCUACUUCCCACAGUCCUACUUCCCACAGUCCUACUUUCCCCUGCACCCACAGGCCUACUUCCCCCAGCACCCCAGGCCUACUUCCCCAGGCCACCUUCCCCCAGGCCUACUUUCCCCUGCACCCACAGGCCUACUUCCCCCUGCACCCACAGGCCUACUUUCCCCUGCACCCACAGGCCUACUUUCCCCUGCACCCACAGGCCUACUUUCCCCUGCACCCACAGGCCUACUUCCCCCUGCACCCACAGGCCUACUUCCCCCUGCACCCACAGGCCUACUUCCCACAGUACUACUUCCCCCUGCACCCACAGGCCUACUUCCCCCAGCACCCACAGGCCAACUUCCCCCAGUCCUACUUCUCCCUGUACCCACAGUCCUACUUCCCCCUGCACCCACAGGCCUACUUCCCACAGUCCUACUUCCCCCUGUACCCACAGUCCUACUUCCCCCUGCACCCACAGUCCUACUUCCCCCAGUCCUACUUUCCCCUGCACCCACAGGCCUACUUCCCCCAGGCCAACUUCCCCCAGUCCUACUUCCCCCUGCACCAACAGGCCUACUUCCCCAGGCCUACUUCCCCAGUCCCCCAGUCCUACUUCCUCCAGUCCUACUUCCCCCAGUCCUACUUCCCCCAGUCCUACUUCCCCCUGCACCCACAGGUCUACUUCCCCCAGGCCUACUUCCCCAGUCCUACUUCCCCCUGCACCAACAGGCCUACUUCCCCCAGUACCCCAGGCCUACUUCCUCCAGUCCUACUUCCCCAGGCCAACUUCCCCCAGUCCUACUUCCCCCAGUCCUACUUCCCCCUGCACCCACAGUCCUACUUCCCCCAGUCCUACUUCCCCCUGCACCCACAGGCCUACUUCCCCCAGUCCUACUUCCCCCUGCACCCACAGUCCUACUUCCCCCAGUCCUACCCACAGUCCUACUUCCCCCAGUCCUACUUCCCCCAGUCCUACUUCCCACAGUCCUACUUCCCCCAGUCCCCCAGUCCUACUUCCCCCAGUCCUACCCACAGUCCUACUUCCCCCAGUCCUACUUCCCCCAGUCCACCCACAGUCCUACUUCCCCCAGCCCCCAGUCCUACUUCCCCCAGUCCUACUUCCCCAGUCCACCCCCAGUCCUACUUCCCCCAGUCCUACCCACAGGCCUACUUCCCCCAGUCCCCCAGUCCUACUUCCCCCCUGUACCCACAGUCCUACUUCCCCCAGUCCUACUUCCCCCAGUCCUACUACCCCAGUCCUACUUCCCCAGUCCUACUUCCCCCAGGUCCUACUUCCCCCUGCACCCACAUCCCCCAGCCUACUUCCCCCAGUCCUACUUCCCCCAGUCCCCCAGUCCUACUUCCCCCAGCCCCCAGUCCUACUUCCCCCAGCCCCCCAGUCCUACUUCCCCCAGUCCUACUUCCCCCAGUGCACCCCCAGUCCUACUUCCCCCAGCCCCCCAGUCCUACUUCCCCCAGUCCCCCAGUCCUACUUCCCCCAGUCCUACUUCCCCAGUCCUACUUCCCCCAGUCCUACCCCCAGUCCUACUUCCCCCAGUCCCCCAGUCCUACUUCCCCCAGUCCCCCAGUCCACCUUCCCCCAGGCCUACUUCCCCAGUCCUACUUCCCCCAGUCCUACUUCCCCCUGCACCCACAGGCCUACUUCCCCCAGGCCUACCCCCAGUCCUACUUCCCCCAGUCCUACUUCCCCCUGCCCCACAGGCCUACUUCCCCCAGUCCUACUUCCACAGUCCUACUUCCCCCAGUCCUACUUCCCCCAGUCCCCCAGUCCUACUUCCCCCAGUCCCCCAUCCCCCAGUCCUACUUCCCCAGUCCUACUUCCCCCAGUCCCCCAGUCCUACUUCCCCCAGUCCCCCAGUCCUACUUCCCCCAGUCCUACCCCCAGUCCUACUUCCUCCAGUCCCCCAGUCCUCCAGUCCCAGUCCCCCAGUCCUACUUCCCCCAGUCCUACUUCCCCAGUCCUACUUCCCCAGUCCCCAGUCCUAGCCCCCCAGUCCUACUUCCCCAGCCCCCAGUCCUACUUCCCCAGUCCUACUUCCCCCAGUCCUACUUCCCCCAGUCCUACUUCCCCAGGCCCCCAGUCCUACUUCCCCCAGUCCCCCAGUCCUACUUCCCCCAGUCCUACUUCCCCCAGUCCCCCAGUCCUACUUCCCCCAGUCCUACUUCCCCCAGUCCCCCAGUCCUACUUCCCCCAGUCCUACUUCCCCCAGCCCCCCAGUCCUACUUCCCCCAGUCCUACUUCCCCAGCUACCCCCAGUCCUACUUCCCCAGUCCCCCAGUCCUACUUCCCCCAGUCCUACUUCCCCCAGUCCCCCAGACCUACUUCCCCCAGACCUACUUCCCCCAGUCCUACUUCCCCAGUCCCCCAGUCCUACUUCCCCCAGUCCUACUUCCCCCAGUCCUACUUCCCCAGUCCCCUAGACCUACUUCCCUCAGAGCUACUUCCCCCAGUCCUACUUCCCCCAGUCCCCUAGACUUCCCCCCACUUCCCCCAGUCCUACUUCCCCCAGUCCCCUAG